AUGGGUGAAGAUAUUUCAGAUCAGUCAUUUCAACCACCAAAAUCUGUCCGUGGGAUGAAGAAACUGGACAGGACAGCUUUUAAGCAGAUCGUAAAAAUACCAGCAAUAAAGGUACCUGUAAAAAAAAUCUCUCUGCUAAAUAAACACUUGAAGAAAUCUCUGUGUAAAUUUGCCAAGAUUCGGCCAAUUGCUGAACUUUCUGAUGAUGAUCCAGAAAAAGAUGAAUUUCGAUUGUUUUUGUUAAAACCUCAGAAAUACAUAAAUGCCAACAGCUUUGAUAAGAGAGAACACCAACUGCUGGAACAAGUGGGAAUUAAAUUGCCGUCAGAUUUAAUUUGGGCAGACAUUGAGCUUGGCUAUGACAACUGGAAUGUUUCUGAAAUUUUCCGUGCUGUUAUUCCUGGGGAUAGUGACAGUGUGUCAGGGUUCACCACUAUUGGUCAUAUUGCUCACUUGAAUCUUAGAGAAGAUGUACUUGAUUACAAAUAUCUCAUAGGUGAAGUUCUUUUGGACAAAAUUCCUUCUGUGAAAACUGUUGUCAAUAAAGUGAAUAUUAUUGAUAAUACUUUCCGAAACUUUGAAAUGGAAUUACUGGCUGGGGAAAAAGAUUUCUUUGCUACUGUUCGAGAGAACAAGUGUAUCUAUCAAUUUGAUUUUGAUAAAGUUUAUUGGAAUUCUCGCUUAGGAAGAGAACAUGAGUAUAUAAUCAAUAAACUGACGAGUGGAGAUUUUGUAUUUGAUGUUUUUGCUGGAGUUGGACCAUUUGCAAUUCCUGCAGCAAAGAAAGGCUGCCAGGAAAACAAUGAAAACCAAUACAGAUUCUUCUCAGAAUUUUGUAACAGAAACUUUACCAGGAGCCAAAAGACGACGGAUUGA